CCCCUUCCCAACAUCCCUAAAGUUAGACUGAAACGCGGCAUCGCCUCGGAAGUGCCGGUGUGAAGGGGGAACAACAUUAUUCACAGUCAUUCGAACCCCAAUGCUACUUGCUAUCUACCACCUCUACUAAAUCAUGCCCCCCGGUCACCCAAGGAUCCUACGCACUAAACUCUAUCCCGAGCUGACUGCGUCUUCCCUGUACAUGUGGUUGGUGAGAUGAGUGGCAUGCAGAGCGGCAUAUCCCCGUCCCCCCUGAGAACGAAGAGUGACCCGGACUUGGAGGACAGAACCACCAUCACCCCCAGCAGCAGCAGCAGGAGUAGUCGCAAUGAUUGGUCCUCCGAUAUCGAGAAAUACCAGCCCUACAUCGGACUGCUGACCGACGAGCAUACCACCAAUCACGAUCCCGAUGACUACUGUACCACCUUCCACAUCGACGACAGGGAGUCUCCAGCACCACACCCUUGCCGUUGCCAGAAUGCUAAACGCGCAUUCAUCUACAUGGCCAGCUAUGUUGCGUUUGCGACCCUGUCGUUCCUCUCCGCCGCUUACUAUUUUUGGUGUUUGAUGCCUUGGGGUAUUUUGACAUCAAAUCCGGGAAAUGCUGGCUUCCUACGGGAUCCAUACGGUGGUUAA